UUCUGGUGAAUGCAUUUGUUAACAAUUCAGUUGGCGAGGAGCUGGGAGCUGAGACAAUUCCUAUAUCGAAAAGAUGAUUAUGGCAAAUAAUAAUGCCAAUAAUGAGACUGCAAAUGCAAAUUCAACAGAAACCAAACCGGCGUUUCCACGUUUGUAUAAUAAAAUCGUCUUGACAUUGGAAAACAGUCUGAUACCGGAAUCAAAACUUGAUGAGACUCCAUCACAUUUGGAUGGCUUGGAUGCUGAAACUGAAAAAGAUUUACGUAUAUUGGGAUGUGAAUUGAUACAAACAGCUGGAAUCCUGCUGAAGUUGCCCCAAGUGGCAAUGGCCACAGGUCAAGUAAUAUUUCAGAGAUUUUUUUAUUCCAAAAGUUUUGUGCGUCACAACAUGGAAACUGUGGCCAUGAGUUGUGUAUGUUUGGCAUCAAAAAUCGAAGAAGCCCCAAGACGGAUACGCGAUGUAAUCAAUGUUUUCCAUCACAUCAAACAAGUGAGAGCGCAAAAAGAUAUUACUCCCAUGAUUUUGGAUCAAUAUUAUACCAAUCUAAAGACUCAAGUUAUUAAAGCAGAACGUCGUGUACUUAAAGAAUUGGGCUUUUGUGUUCACGUUAAACAUCCACAUAAAUUGAUUGUUAUGUAUCUGCAGGUGCUAAAAUAUGAGAAGCAUCAACAACUAAUGCAAAUGUCUUGGAAUUUCAUGAAUGAUUCGUUGCGUACAGAUGUCUUUAUGCGUUAUAACCCAGAGACAAUUGCUUGUGCAUGCAUUUAUUUGAGUGCUAGGAAGUUGAAUAUUGCCCUGCCAACCCAUCCAAAUCCGUGGUAUGGCAUUUUCCAGGUGAAUGAGGAUGAUAUCAUUGACAUUUGUUAUCGUGUAAUGGAGUUGUAUACUCGUGGCAAACCGAAUGUGGAAAAACUUGAAGCUGCCGUUGAGGAGUUGAAAAAACGCUACAUAGAAUCACGAAACAAAAGUAAAGAAACUCAUACUCCCCCAGCGGUUACCACGGUGGACCGUAAUAAUGGUUCUCACAAUGCAUGGGGUGGUUUUAUACAACGAGCUGUACCUCUUCCACUGCCCAAUGAGAAGUCACCCAGCAAAGAGUCCCGCUCACCAUCUCGUUCACGAUCAAGAGAUUCACGACGUACCGCAAGAUCACGUUCUCGUUCACGCACACGAUCUAGAUCGCGAUCAAGGUCACGUUCUCGUUCGACUUCGGCAAGCCGUUACAAGAAGUCUCGACGUGAUCGCGGUGGCAGAGAUCGUGAACGUGAAAGAGAACGUGAACGGGAGCGAGACCGAUCGCCUCCUUCACUCAAGAACAAGAAAAAGUCUCGUAACUAUUCGAGAUCUCCAUCUAGUUCACCACAUUCCAAACAUCGCAAAAGGAAAUCUUCCCGAGAACGUCACGCUGAAAAGUAUAUGGAUAGGCGUGAUAAGUACGACGAUCGUGACAAACGUCCCAAUAUGCAUCAUCAUCACCAUCAUUCGUCUUCAUCGGCUGCAGGCAAACAUCAUCAUAGCAGUUAUAAUUCACAUCGUGAUUCUCACCGUGAGACAUCUAGAGAUUCCAGAAACCGGAAACGCUGACAUAUUAUUUAUGAUCAAGAGAUAUUUGAGUUAACUGAUUAAAGUGUGCGGGAUAAUUUUAACGAUUCUAUUUCAGAGAGGACUAUUCAUUUUUUUCUAAAUUCUGAAAAUAAAACUAAAUGUAUAUAAAACUUAAA